AUGGCCCGCGAGCGCGAUGGCCUCCUAUUCGAGAAACACUACGAUGAGGACGCCGCCAUCGUGCCCUCCGACUCGGGAUCCGAUACGGAGGUAGAAUUCGACGGCGCCAGCCAUGUCAAGGAGAGCGACAGAGAUAUCCUCAACGAGACCGAAGAACAUGAGAAACUGCUGCACAAGCCCUCGAGGUUGGAGACUACGCGAGCGGCGUUUGGGUUCCGGAAAGAAAAGAAAAGUGGAGGGAGCAAUGCCGCGAAAGCUCGAAGACACAGGCGCAGGAAGUCGAGGAGGAGUGGGUCGGAGUCUGAUGACAAAAUGUUCGAGAUGGAGAGCGGCUUCAAGGACUCCAGCUCCCAGUCCUCCACCGACACCGAGUUCGAGGACACGAAAUGGGACAGGGACGCUCCCAGGAAAUCCCACCGUGGACGCCUGAGCAUCAUCUACCUGGCCAUUGUUGCUCUUUUCGUCGCCCUGCUCUUUGGUGCCUACAAGGUUUCCACGAAGAAACACUCUCUGACGCCGACGGUUCACCGACUGACUAGAUACAACAACGGGACACACAAUUUCCGACCGACGACGAUACUCAUCUCCCUCGACGGCUUCCGCGCUGACUUUCUCAACCGCGACAUUACGCCCGCACUGAAUGCCUUCAUCGCGAGCGGCGUGUCUCCGAAAUACAUGCUUCCUUCGUUCCCCUCCGUCACCUUUCCGAACCAUUUCACGCUGGUGACCGGUCUGUACCCGGAAAGUCACGGUGUUGUCGGUAACCAAUUCUGGGAUCCCGCGUUGGAGGAAGAGUUCUGGUACACAAACGUUGAAGUCUCGAUGCAGCCCAAGUGGUGGAACGGAGAACCACUGUGGGUGACGGCCGAGCACCAGGGCGUGCGCACGGCGAUCCACAUGUGGCCCGGUUCUGAAGCGCAUAUACCGGACGUGGAGCCGACGUAUUUGGACAAGUACAACGAGAGUGAAGCUCUGUCUCGUAAAGUCGACCGGCUUCUACGGUGGCUUGAUCUGCCUGGUGAUGAUGACGGAGAUGCCGCUGGGCAAGCGGACUUACGACCGCAGUUCAUUGCAGCGUAUGUUCCCAACGUGGACGCAGAUGGCCAUCUCUACGGUCCGAACAGCACAGAGAUCAGAGCCACCAUUGCUGAUGUCGACAGCAUGUUGACUUUGUUGGUGGAAGGCCUUCUAGCACGCAACCUGACCGAAAUUGUCAAUCUCGUAAUCGUCUCCGACCAUGGAAUGGCCACGACCUCCACGAACCGACUGAUCCAGCUCGACGAUCUCAUGGACAUGUCCUUGAUCGAUCACAUCGACGGCUGGCCUCUUCGAGGCCUGCGUCUGAAGAAUCCAGCACGCGAUGUCCCUAUUCUCUACGAACAGCUCUCCCAAGAAGCCGCCAAAUCCGGCGGUUUCGACGUCUACACCCUCGAAACCAUGCCGGAGCGUUAUCAUUUCACCCAGAACGACCGCAUCGCUCCUUUGUGGAUCGUCCCCAAAACCGGCUGGGCGGUCGUGGAGAAAUCCGACUUCGACGUCGCCGAAGCGCUCAGCACGGGCGAAGAAUAUGCGCCGAAAGGGUUGCACGGCUACGACCACGAGCAUCCGCUCAUGAGGGCUAUCUUUGUGGCUAGAGGUCCGGCGUUCCCACACGCACCCAACAGUCGCGUGCCCGUGUUUCAGAAUAUCGAGGUGUACAAUAUCGUGUGUGAUUCGUUGGGUAUCGUCCCUCAACCGAACAACGGAACACUGAGGCUUCCAUUGCAAACCGAGGGAUUGCAUUCUGAGGAUGAUAAGCCGGGGUCAGAAGUGGUCGCGGAUCCCGUCGACGAGGAUAAAAACCAAGACGGGGAGCCUUCGGAGAUAAUCGCCCAUCCUGUCGACGAGGAGGAACAUCAAGAGGAGGAAGAGGCUCCCGAUGUCGAACCAGGUUCUCCGAUCGAUGCUCCACCCGACUCUGAAAAGGAAGACGAGACGACCCCCGACGAAGGCCCGGGAGCGAAGAAGGGAAGCUGGUGGAACUUCCUGCAUGAGGAGCUCGAAAAGGCGAAACAAUGGGCCAAGGAGUUUGUGGAGUCGAUCAAGGGCAACAGGAAAGGGGAGGGCGAUCCGCCUGUGUGA